AACGUAUUAGAGACGCAUUGUCUGUCUCGGACUGAAUGAGACUGAACAACUCCCUAACAUUUGCAACAUGGCUCUUGCAGAUGCGAUGUUGCCUUCGAUAAAUACUUUUACAAGCAACCAGAUUUUAGACCAAAAGCAGUCUGAAAUUGUUCGGGACUGGAAAGUUGACCCAACUAAGACAGUUGGAGACGUGAGACCCCUCAUCGAGGUGGAGUUCAGCAUUGUCGAAUCUCCAUCUCUGGCCAAAGACGAGGACGAUCUUUCCAAGUUUUUGGACCUAGAGUUCAUUCUGUCCAACUCGGUCACGUCUGACAUUGACAACAACUCAGCGCAACCGCCGCCCGCCUAUUCUCUACCGGAGUCACCCGAAAGCUGCAGUACUGUGUACGACAGCGAUGGAUGUCACCCGACGCCGAACGCUUUUUGUGGCAACAACUUUACCGCACGUCCCGGCCACAGUCUGGUAGCCGAGUUGUUUACCUCGGAUAUGAAUUAUCAUGGCGACUCCCGUGAUUUUAAAGACAGACUGGAGUACACUGAACUAAGGGCUAUAAACUGUCGAAACCAUGUGUCCACUUCUAAUAACGUGGGAUACAAAAUAAAAUCUGAAAACCACGAGCAAUCCUGCAUGAUGUCCAACGACUACGUGGGUCAUUAUUAUGGACAAGAACCCCAGCGCGUGAUGACUUAUGAGCAUCACGUGCAACACGAUGUGCCUCGGGACAUUUUAGGGAGGAAAGACUGCAUCCUAACAGAAAUGAACUCUCACCAUCACAUUGAAAUUGCACAUCAACAGCAGUUCAUGAAUAGCGCGCAUUUUCCUCCGCAAUACGCCCAGCAUCAGCAGUAUCACGGACAUUACAGUAUGUUUAGCGAACCAUUGCGGGCAAAUCACCCGGCCAUGCCAGGUGUGAUGCUGACUCCACCAUCCUCACCGCUCCUGGGAUUUUUAAACCCAGAAGACAGCAAGCCAAAACGAGGGCGUCGGUCAUGGGCACGAAAACGGACUGCGACGCACAGCUGUGAUUUCCCCGGAUGUGGGAAAACGUACACGAAAAGCUCCCAUUUGAAAGCGCACAUGCGGACACACACAGGUGAGAAACCCUACCACUGCAGUUGGGAAGGCUGUGGCUGGAAGUUCGCCAGGUCAGACGAGUUGACGCGUCACUACAGGAAACACACCGGACACAGGCCGUUUCAGUGCCACCUGUGCGAGAGAGCUUUCUCCCGCUCGGAUCACCUGGCCCUGCACAUGAAGAGGCACAUGUGAAAAAAAA